GAACACUGCAACCAGACUUUUCGCCGCGCGGAACAUCUGCAACGACACGAGAGGCGACAUCUUGGCCAUCUCCCCUUCCAUUGCCCGCUCUGUGCUCGACAGUUCUCCAGGAGAGAUACCCUGAAACGACAUCUUGGAACACAUCAACUAUCUCCCGAGCAAACCGCCGCGCUGGCAAAAGCAACCGAUACAGGUCCGUCCAAAGCAUGCACCAACUGUGCAAAGUCGAAACAGAAAUGCGAUCGAGAUAUGCCUUGUGGCCGUUGCAGGAAGCGGAAGCUGCAAUGCUCGGUCGCCACAAAUCAACCUGAUGAUGGGUUCGAUGUAAUAUCUUCCUCACAGACGAGUUCACAUUAUGGAGAAUCAAGUCGGGACACCCCGCAAAUGAACGCGGACCCCGUCCACCGACAAGACCCUUUCGCCGCCGCAGGCGGCUGCGUCAUGUAUGAUCACGGCAUUAGCGGAGCGUUUGCGCCGUCGGUGCCCGUAACUUCAACGUCAUUCGGCAACCUCCAGGACGACCAAGAAACACUGAACCACGAACUGCCGGACGCACUGCUGGACUAUCGGCUCUCGCCAACCUUGGCGGGCGCGCUCGUACCACAACACAAUGUCGCGCCAACUUUGAACACGACCGGGGCCUGGUUCUACCCCAUUCCGACCUGGGAGUAUGGGAUGGACAUUGAUAUCGAAGGCUUCAGAGCUAUUACUGAGAGCCGGUAUGCCAGGACGCCGCCGGAUACGUACGAUGAGAAAGGAGGGCUUGCAUCUCAGGAAGCAACCACCACUGUGAAUACAUCCGUCGUCAGUCUCCGGCCGAGGGAACAUUUGCCACGAUACGUGUCAUCAAUGAUAGACGACAACGACACUCUUGCGGCAGAAACCCAUUUUCAUGUUCCACAAUUCUCCAACGUGGUUUAUGAGUCUAUUCGAACAUCCUUUCUCAUCCAUAGAGACAGGCUCACACUGGCGCUGGGCUCAGACCUAGCAUUUCCCGAGGCUCACGUACUGGGUACAUUUGUGCAGCUAUUCUUCGAGCAUACCCAUCAACAGAUUCCUGUUCUUCACUUGGCUACCUACAAUCCAAACCACGAGUCUUGGAUUCUUGUUCUGGCUGUAGGCGCUGUGGGUAGUCAGCAUUCGCAGGUCAGCAACCAGGCAAACCUCGCAAUGUCGCUAAGAGAAUUACUUUCAGAAGCUAUCCUAGACAGGGUUGGUUGUAAUCCUCGUGUCAUCGGUGAUCUUGCCUUCGGACAAGCCGUACUUCUGAGUCAACUCCUGUUGCAGUGUAGUGGCUGCCUCGCAAGUUCGCUACGCUCUCAGUACCAGAAGGGAAUUUUGACUGCCAUUUGUCGCUCAGUUGUUUCCCAAAACGGCUCUUUAUUCCGCACGGGCAAGGCUGUAAGCCAACCAUGGCGUCGUGCUGAGGACUGGCCCAAUGGAUUGAGCAAGAGUCUUGACGCGUUGGCAUUCUUCUCUCUAUCUGCCCGACAGCGUCCGCCUGUGGGCAUGCACUUCAGCUAUCGAGUGGGAGAAGCAGAGAAUGAUGUAUCCUCGUAA